AUGGCGAGGGACAUCCGGGCAGGUCACGAGCCGACAGAUGACAGUGCUAGUGGUGGCGCCGCGCUCGUGCUGUGGGACUGCGGCAGCUCGCUCUACGACUCCUACGAGCUCACCGCCUUCAAGCGCCAGCUCGACGCCGCCGUGCUCGCCUGCCGCUCGAUCUCCAUGCCUCACCUCCCCGCCGCCGCCGCCGCCACGCCGGCAGCUGGCGGCAGGAAGAGGCGCGCGGGGCGGCUACCGGCUCUGCUCCGGAGGUUCUUCUCCAAGGUGCUCGUCCGUCUUCGGCUCCCGGCCUCGGUGCGUGGCACAAGACAUCACGACCGGUACCGGGGGUACGAUGGAUACGGCCACGGCGACUACAGCGGCACGGGGUCGCCGUGGUCCGGCGCGCUGACCUCCAUCCCGGAGGAGAGCGGCGACAGCCCGGAGACCGGGUUGUCGCCUCCGAUCGUCGCCGGCCCGAGCGCGCUGCGCAGGGUUCAGUCGGAGCGGUUCAUCGGCAGCAAGACGGCGUCCACCAUGGUGCCAUUCGACGUCGUCUUGUAGCUCAACAUACAGUGAUUAGGCGUAAGACUAGCACAAGCCAGUCAGAUACUUGUAUGUAUACCUAGAAUAUGCAGGUACUGUGCAGCGAGUUCUUCUGUUUUAGAUCACAUACAGUGUUCGUGGUGUAAGAAUCAGCGGUGACAAGUAAUUAAUCAAGCGAAAAUUUCAAAAUAGCUUGCGGCCGCGGCAUGCUGAGCAACAAGGAAAUUCAAAGAGUUGUUGUCU